AGAUGGCUGCGGGUAGUAACAAGGGCGGUGAGAAGCGCGGCUCGAAAAGCCAGGCGGACUCUGGCUUCCUGGGGCUGCGGCCGACCUCGAUGGAUCCCGCCCUGAGGCGGCGGCGGCGGGGCCCCAGAAACAAGAAGCGCGGCUGGAGGAGGCUCGCCGAGGAGCCGCUGGGGUUAGAGGUAGACCAGUUCCUGGAAGACGUACGGCUACAAGAGCGCACGACCGGUGGCUUGUUGGCAGAGGCCCCAAACGAAAAACUCUUCUUCGUGGACACUGGAUUCAAGAGAAAAGAACCAAGCAAGAAGAGGACUUGGGUCCAGAAGCGGUCAAAGCGUCUCCAGAAACCCCUACGGGCUGACCUUGCCCUUGAGAAUCAUUCUAAGAUCCCUGCUCCCAAAGACAUCCUCGCACACCAGGUCCCUAAUGCCAAGAAGCUCAGGCGAAAGGAGGAGCUAUGGGAGAAACGGGCAAUGCAGGGAGAGUUGCCCAGGGAUGUACGCAAGGCACAGGCCCGGCUUCUUAGCCCUCCUGCACCAAAGGCCAAACCUGGGCCCCAGGACAUCACUGAGCGGCCCUUCUAUGACCUCUGGAACCCAGACAACCCUCUGGACACACCUUUGAUUGGUCAGGAUGCAUUUUUCCUGGAGCAGACCAAGAAGAAAGGCGUGAGGCGGCCAGCACGCCUACACAUCAAGCCUUCUGGGGUGCCUGCAGUAGAGGUGAUUCCUGCGGGACAGCGGCGUAUAAGGCGACUGGUAGAGGCUGACAAGCCCCGAAGGCUGGGACGGCUCAAGUACCAGGCCCCUGAGAUUGAUGUGCAGCUCAGCUCUGAGCUGUCUGGCUCACUCAGGACACUGAAGCCAGAAGGUAACAUUCUUCGAGACAGGUUCAAGAGCUUCCAGAAGAGAAAUAUGAUUGAGCCCCGGGAACGAGCCAAGUUUAAGCGCAAAUACAAAGUGAAGCUGGUAGAGAAGCGGGCCUUCCGUGAGAUUCAGUAA